AUGUCAUCACCAGUAGCUGGGUGCAGCGGCCUUGACAGGAUGUUGCCGGACCUUGCGGUGAAUCCUUCGUUGUUGGGGAGGGUGCGGCUGGAGAAGUCUGUGCAUGAACCACGAGCUGAUACAGCAGAUGCUUUCGUGGACAAAGACAUGGAGACCCUCGCAGACAUGCUUGGAGACUCCGAAUUGGUGGACCGCUUCCGUUCCUGGUCGAUGUCUUGGAAAAUGGUUCGGGCGUUGAGGCUGUUGGCUGAGCAAGCUGGGAGAUGCAUUGAUUAUGCAGCUUUGGGUCAUGGCUUUCCGCCUCAACAUCCAGUGGAUCGCCUGACAUACAGAGAGGGCAAGCACUCUUCCUUCGAGAAGUCUCAGCAGCGCUCCAAUGAUUCCGCAGAAGCAGUGCGGAAGCUUUGCAAGACUCGCCCAAGCGAGGAUGCGAUUUGCUCCCAAUUCGUGCGCGAGAUUGGCUGUCGAACGGAGAGUGUUGGACAUGUAUCGAUUGACGGUGUCCUAUUGGCGCUUGAGAACGAGCUGCUGCUCCCCCUUCGCUCUUUGAACGAAGGGCGGCAAUGGAUGUACCAGACACUGUCCAAGGCACCACUUCCGACGGCAGAGAUCGAUCGGGUGGUGCAGGAGAUCACGCAAAGUGUGCUCGAAAACAAGUACAAGUUCUGGCGCUACAACAACCCGGUGGGUCGACGCCAGCUGGAAGGUCUUUCUCAGAACCAGCUGGACAUCUGGCAGGAAGCGUCCUGCGGCUGGGUGAAGCUAGAGUCCGGCACCAUCAAAAUCCACGAGGAUGAAGACAACGAGCUGGGCUUGUUCUGGGCCACCAAAAUCGGGGGCCCAUCGCAUGGUUUUGAUGUGGAGGCUCAGUGCCACUUGCCCCUGCUUGCCAACGCGAGAUCCAAAGUGAUUCUUGUCAGCGAUCCAAGCUACCCGCAUCAUCCCGUGGGUCGUGCCCAUUUCAAAAUGCUUUGGACUGCGAAGAACCAGCCACUGCUUUGGCUGGAGAAGGUCAACAAAGACUUUCGUGCUGAUGUUGACACAGGCCUUUGGUCGGCUGCGGUGCUAAUGCAUGCAGCGAAGAAGGCCAAGGCCAUGGGAGUCGCGCAGCUUGGCUAUCUGGAUCCGGACUUCAAUCUUCGACAUCCUGCCGAGUCAAGGCUGUUUUGCGAUCCGUCUGUGAGCACCGCCCUGGCCAGUGCUGCCAAGCUUGAUUUUGCAUGGCUUCGUCGCGAGGAAGUGCCACUUGGCAAAGUGACCAGUUUUCGCGAGUGGUUUCUGCGGGAGAUGGCAACACGGCAAGGGGGCGCUUGGUCGCUUGGGCUCAGGACCGGCGCUGUGCUUCGGGUGGUGUAUGUGCCACCAGGCAACUUGGAUGGCAACCCACUACCCAAGUCCGUCUCAGCCUCUUCACAUCUCUUCACUCUUCACGUUGCAGGUGCGGAGAUGCCAGAUGCAGAGCCGGAAGCACGUCUCUGA